GUCCCUCAAAACCAUCAUUCACCCUAUAUAGCUUUCUCAUAGAUCUCUAUCACGAACCACUUCAUAAAACAAGAAACUCAAGGGCUUCACAUUUCAUAGAGCUCUCACACCACAUUAUCACCACUUGGUUUUGUGGCAAAUGAGGAAACCUGAUAUGAUGGGAAAAGACAAAAUCAACAACAACAUUAAGAGCAAGCUAAGGAAGGGUUUGUGGUCACCUGAGGAAGAUGAGAAGCUCCUAAGGUAUAUGAUCACUAAGGGACAAGGGUGUUGGAGUGACAUUGCUAGGAAUGCUGGUCUUCAAAGGUGCGGCAAAAGUUGCCGUCUUCGUUGGAUUAACUACUUGAGACCUGAUCUCAAACGUGGUGCAUUUUCACCUCAAGAGGAAGAAGUCAUCAUUCACUUGCACUCCAUUCUUGGCAACAGAUGGUCUCAAAUUGCCGCACGUCUCCCUGGUCGCACAGACAAUGAGAUCAAGAAUUUCUGGAACUCCACACUGAAGAAAAGGUUGAAAAUGAACAACAAUAACUCCACUUUAUCACCAAACAAUAGUGACUCAUCAGGGCCUAAAGAUGUCAAUGUCAUGGGUGGAAUCAUGUCCAUGAACGAGCAUGACCUCAUGACCAUGUGCAUGGACUCCUCCUCAUCAACAUCAUCAUCAUCAUGCAUGCAAUCCAUGCAUGCCACCAACAUGGUACUAACUAACCCCUUUCCCUUGUUGCCCAACAACCGUUAUGACAUGAUGACCGGUGCAACCGGUUUCCUUGACAACAUGGCUGCUGCAUGCUUAACCCAAGUUGGCAUGGUAGAUCAUGAUCAUGGGGUUGUUCAUGGGACAUUGGAGCCUAAUAAAACGCGUUUAGGAAGCGACUUUUCCCUUCCUCCACUAGAAAGUAGAAGCAUUGAGGACAAUAGUAGUACCCCAAUUGAUCAUGUGAAAAGCCAUAACAACAACAACCACUUCAAGAAUAGUUGCUUCAAUAACACUGAUCAUUACCAUCAUAUUCAAAGCUCCAACAACGUAGUUGUAGAGGAUUUGUUUGGGUUUGGAAAUCAUGGGCAAGGGGAAAACUUUAGAAUGGGAGAAUGGGACCUUGAGGGCUUGAUGCAAGACAUUUCCUAUUUUCCUUCCCUUGAUUUCCAAGUUUAAGUGUGUGUUUGGAUCCAAGUUGUCAUGAACAGUAAAUGCUACAAUUUGUAGCUUCUGCAUUGACAUGACUUAUUGAUAUGUUCCAAACACACUUUAAAUGUUAGUAUUUCUUUCAAAUUCGA